AACUUCCCACUAGUAUGCUAGAUGAGAGCUCUUCAGUGACAUGUGCUUGACUAUGAGAAAAGCAGAUCUCCUGAAAUUAUUAACAGCAAUAAUUAUCAUGUUCAUUGUAUGUUUGCCUGAAUUUUUCAAAACCCAUGAAGCAAGCACUGUGAUUAUAUCAUGCAUGGAUGCUUGUUCAUUAAAUAAUGUCACCUUUCCAGUCUGUGCUUUUAACAAUUCUUCUGAAAGCUUCCUGCAACAAGGAAGUAAAAAACAGACUGUUUUUUUGAAGGUCUUUAUAAAUUACUUUGAUUUUCAAAAUACUCCAAGUAUUUGCCAAGUCUCCAGGACUGAACUGCAACCAUGUAUUUUAAACUCCACCUGUGAAUCCGAGGAUGAUAUGAAUGUUGUUCACCAGGGAUCAAGAUCAGAAGGUAAAGAAAGAGAACAAGGGAAAAGAAGUGCUUAUUUUAGAGAAGUGAGAGGAUCAUUAGAUAUGAAAGCAAAAAAAUUUAUUUAUUUCCAUAAACAUUUCAAUUUCACUGUGGGUUAUGUGAAUGAAGAAAGUGAGGAAUACAACAUUUACUAUAUACUGGAAGUCCUCAUUAGAAAUUCUACAACCAGAAGAGGAAACACUACAGAAGAAAGCAUAAAUCACUCAUGUAUAGCAGCAAUGACGGAAGACCAAAAUGGCUGUAUAAAUAUUUCACUGCAACUACAGCCUUAUGUGGAAAAUACAAUGUGUAUACCGAAGAUCAUUUGGCUUGUUCUGAUUCCAUUUGUUUUUGUGCUUACUGUCAUUACUGUUACCUACAAAGUAUUCCAAGAAAAUAAAAAACACAUCCAUAGCAAAUAUAGAGCAACGGCAGCUUCUGUUAUCCAACAAAAAGACAGCAAAAGCUCAAAAGAAUCUACACCUACUAAAGUUAUUCAGCUCCUUUCAGAGCCCAACCAACGAAGACCCGCAGCUAUCACACAAACAGCAGAGAUAUUGCCUGCAAUUCCUGAACAUGAGCAUUCUCAGCAGGCGUAGGAGUUUCAGGCAUUCCAGUAUGAAACAUAAUCGAUACACCAUGAAAGAAGCCAUCUUCAUUUCCAAUACAUCCUUCCUGGCUACCUUAGCCACCUUUUAUUCCUAAGAAUGCCAGGAACCUCAGUUAACAGGAUUUUAUAUUCAUCAAAACCACUCUAUUAAAUAUGAACAAUGGAUAAACUGAUAUGGUGCUGUAGCAUCAACCUCAGUGGAAGACUAUAGAUUUCAUAUCUAUUUUGGGUUCAUUCAGGAUUUAUACUUACUCACAAAGUUGAGAGAUUAUACUUGCUAUAUUUUUUCUUUCCAGCUGAGAAGAAACUCAAUUUGUAUUCUCUGUGAAAAUAUGAGACCAUUUUAAAUGGAAAAAUAUGUAUAUUUUGAUGGACCAUGGAUGUUAGUUUGUGUAAUGUGAAUGUCAUAGGUGACAAUGAUCCUUAAAGGUGUAUUCUCUGGCUGCUGCUGAAUAAGCAAGAAGGGUCAUACAUCACGGGCUAAAUCUUGAAGCUCUAUGUGAACACAAUGGACUUUUGCAGUGAAGUCAAUGAUAGUUUUGCAUGCACAAAGACUGCAGGAUCUUAAUGGGUUAAGGGAAAAAUGUGGAUAAAUAGUGCAGAUUUGGUUCCAAACUAUAAAACCAAUUUUUUAAAACAACUCAUUCGCAGCACCAAAUGGAUUUGGUACUACCUUGAUAGAUUGCAAUCCUAUUUUUGCACCAGCUUAGGUCAUUAGUAUUCAGACUCAUUAUCUCCUGCAACUUUUCCUUACUUUCCAUUUAUUACUGUUCCUCUGAGUGUAGUGGAGCUGUUUGGGCUGAUCAGGGUACCAAACUCAUUCUGUGCUUACACAUUAUUUGUGGGUACAAUUUAGCCAUAAAUUACCAGCAAGAGGCUGAAAUUGCAGAGCCAGGGCUUCUAACUCCCUUGUGCUAAAUCCAUCAGGAUGAACAGAUUGUAAACUGCCCAUUGCAAAUAUGAUAUGCAGCAAUUUAGCAUCAUGUUAAUACUUCAUAACCUCCAUCUCUUACAUUUAUAUGGCUCUUCCCUCCAGCAGCUUUCUGAAAUUGCUUCUCUAGUCAUUACACUGUACCUAGCAGUUCAGAUUUAAUAGGAACAAUUGUGAACAUUAGUUUUUGAAUGGCUGAGCCUAUUUGAAAUUUUUAUAUCUAGUUGGAUAAACUUGAAAUAUUUAUUUCUACUGCUUCUGUCAUCAGAUUACAAAAAAUCCAGGAAAAGCCUUGAUUUUUUUGAGUCUUUAGGGCUGACAUGUUUAGUUGUAAUAAUAACUUCAAACCUUCCAGAAAUGGCCUCUGAAAUAUAGUAUAUAAAAUAAACUUUUGCCUCUA